AUAGGAGUGAGUGAUGGCAUUCACACUGUUAUCGGAAACUACCCUAACGUCACGGAUAGUGACUGCGGAGUGGGUUGGGAAUCGAGGCUUUUAAACGACAAGUGCUUCACUUAUCACAAAACCUCAGGACUCAGUCGUAUAGCCAAUGGUAGGGAUACCAAAGCGGGGGAGACAUCAUAUGCCGCUUAUAUAGAAAUCUUAUUGUAUUUACGCGCUGCCGCUUGUACCGGGACAGUUAUUAAUGAAUGGUGGAUAAUUACGGCCGCUCAUUGCGUAAAUUGCAACGCGUCGAUAUACACGUGUCCGUUCACAUACAAUAUACGGAUCGGUGUUGUGGACCGGAACUCAACGCAUGGGCAUAACUGCGGCGCCGCGCGGGUAUACCCGCAUCCGGACUACAACCAUGUUUUGGCUAAAAUACCUGAUAUCGCACUCAUCCGCGUAAACACUUCCAUACCGUUUACCGAUCGACUGGUCAUUACUAACGUAUGUCUGCCGGCCAGAGGUUUGGUCAACACGGGGUCGGAGUACGCGCUGACCACCGGAUGG